CCUGCCUCGCGCACUGCACUUGCAUGUUUGAAGUUAAAAGCCCAGGUAGCAGAUUCUGGUGAAAAUCAAUUCGACCCUAGAAUGAAUCUUUUUUUGUAAAAAACGUUGCAGGAAACUUUAUCGUAAGGCAUCCUUUUUUUUCCCCCUCUUCAUAAGAAAAAAAAACUUUAUUGUCAUCCUGCUUAGCCAUACACUUUGUUACUUCUGAAACAGGAGAACAGUAGCAUUUACGUACCUAACAACCGCCUUUUGCUCAAGAAGUACUAAUCCUUCGGGUGUGCAUCUUCCAAUGAGUUCAGAAGCCGAGCAAAGCAUGCAAGCAGAGGGACUGGAGGCUGUCAUUCAGAAGCUGGAGGAGUCGGUGCUGAACCCUGACACCAGCGGGGAUGAGAGGAGCUUGACCCUGCGGGGCCACGGGAGGGACAGUCCGGCCACCCCAGUCGCAGCUCGCAUCCGUCAGAUCGUCACCCGCAACUUGGCUGACCAGCCGGCAGCAGGCAGUCCGGAAGUGGGCGCCAGCAGCUCCCUCCAGGAAGAGAACAGGCUGCUGAAGGAUCUGUUGUCCCAGACGCGCGCUGACCGGGACAGCCUACUGCUCAAGCAACAAGUCCUCACAGACAGGCUGGAGCGCAUGCAGCUCCUGGAGUCCCGUGAUCAGAAUCAGGAGAGCGAGCGGCGCAGGUUCGAGGAGGAGGAGAGGAUUUACAAGCAGAAGCUGCAGGCCUAUCAGGAUGGGCAGCAGAGACAGGCGCAGCUGGUACAGAAACUCCAGACUAAGGUGCUGCAGUACAAGAAGAGAUGUGGGGAGCUGGAGCACCAGGUGCUGGAGAGGACCUCAGAGUCAGAGAAACUCAAGAGCUCGCUGCAGGCUCAGCUGGACUCCUCCGAGGCUCGUCUCCGCCGGGCAGAGCAGGAACACAGUGCAGACCUCGGGAACACACUCAGGCAGCUGGAGGAGGAGCAGAGCAGGUGUGCUACCCUUGCCCAGGUCAACGCCGGGCUCCGUGAGCAGCUGGAGCAGACCAGCUCUGCCAAUCACCAGCUGGCAGAGAGUGUGAGGAGAGCCAAGGAGGAGGUGGAGCAGCGCGAUGCCAGACUGCGGCGCGAACAGGAGACAUCCGCCUCCCGCCUCAGUCGCGAGCAGAGUCGCGUGCUAGCACUGUGGCGCCAGGCUGCCUCCCUGCGGAGCAGCGUCACCCAGCUCCGGGCAUCCGCUGACAGGAGCCUCUCUGAGAUGCGAGUGGAUUGUGUGGAUGUGAGCCGCAGACUGCAUGCGGCCUGUCUCAGCCUGGAGACCUGUCUGUCUCAGCAGACUCCUACAGGACAGGAGGUGUCAGCACUGGAGCAGCAGCUCAGAGAAAAGCUGAAAGAGGCCAUGCAGCUGCAGAGUCGCUGGGAUGGGGAGAAAGUGGAACUUAAUUCCAGGAUCCUGGAGCUGACGGAGAUGGUGAAGCAGCUCAGAGGGCAGAAUGAAGAGAAGGAGAAGAGCCUGGCAGCUCUGAAGAUUGCCCUGGACAAGACGGAGCAGAGCAAGGCAGAAGAAGCUUCUGAGAAGGAAUCUCUCAGACAGGACUUUGAAAGUCUGCAGCAGAUUCUCCAUAAUAUCACCCAGGUGGCUUGGGGGGACAGCGAGAGUGCCGGCUCCCAGGGCGUCUCUGAGCCGGCCGAUUCUCUGAGGCCUCCGCCCUCUCGGCACGCCUCUCCCAGCCGCGCCCGCUCCCCCCUGCGCAGCGGCUCCCCGGCCCAGCAGGACCGCGCCCUCAAUGCCGUGCAGAGCGCGCUGCUGAGGCGCCAACUUCAAGCGCAGGAGAUGCGUACCAGACUGGAGGCGGCCCAAGAGCAGGUGGCCACUCUCCGCAAACAGCUGCUGGACGGGGAGGCAGAGCGCAGGGCCCUGGAGCAGAGAGUCCAGCAGCUGAGGCAGGAGAGACAGCAAGCAGAACUGUCCGGAGAGGAGACCCGCAGAGAUGCCCAGAGAUACCGUUCUUCUCUGGACGUUAUUGCCAGCGAGAAGGGCAAUCUGGAGAAACUCAUUCUCAACCUCAACCAACAAAUAGACUCCCAGCUGGGUGAAAUGGAAAAGCUGAAGAGCGCGAACCAUGAUCUUCAGCGCCAACGAGAUCACCUGGAGCAGCAGCGGGAGGAUCUGGAGAGAGAGAGGGAGCGCGGGCGCAAGGAAAUGGAGAGAGGGCAAAAGAGUUUGGAGCAGCUGGAGAUGAAGCAUUCCAGCCUGAGGAAGGAGCUGGUGACGGUGAAGGAGGCCCUCAGUCAGGUCACUCUGCAGAAGGAGGUGCUGGAGGACGAGAAGGCCAGCCUGGCGCAGGCUCUGAGCAAGGUGGAGGUCCAGUCUGCAGAGCAGGAGCUGGCUCUCGCCAAGCUGCAGAGCGAAGAGGCCAGCCUCGGGGACUCUCUGGCCAAGAUGGGGGCUCUCAGUGAGGGGCUGGCCAAGGACAAGGUGGAGCUCAACCGCAUCAUCCUGCAGAUGGAGAGUGAGAAGGCGGAGCAGGGGGAACGGAGGAGGGAGGCUGAGCUGGAGCGGGCGGCGGGCAGGGAGGAGGUCAGCCGGCUGGAACAGGAGCUGCAGGACCUGAGGGCUGAGAAACGGGCCCUGGAGGUCUCGCAGGCCCACCUGCUCGAAGCCUGCCAGAGCCUGGAGCACGAGCUGAGAGUCAUCCGGCAGGAAAAGUCUCAAGCCUUGGGUCAGCACGCACAGGCCAGCAGACAGAGGCAAGCCCUGUCAGAUCAGCUGGCUCUGAGCCGCAGGGAGGUGGAGAGCCAGGCUGCGGCCCUCCAGAGAAGUGUGCGGGAGAGAGAGGAGCUGGCCAAGGACAAGGCUGGCUUGAGUGUCCAGCUGACAUCCGCUGAGCGCAAGGCCCGAGGACUGGCUCAGGAGCUGGCCGCUCUCAGGGCAGAGAAAGAAUCCUUGGAGACAGCACUGUUUGAAUCUCAGGAGCAGAUCCUGGCGCUGGAAGCUUGGAGGACUCAGCUGGAGGGGGAACAGCAGAACCUGCAACUUGCCAAUGAGAGCCUCACUAGGGAGGUGGCACGAGUCAGAGGGGAGGCCGAGCUGCAGGUGUCCAGGCUCGGGAAGGAGAGGGAGCAGCUGGAGGCCAGGCUAGCACAGACGGAGAGGGAGGCCCAGAGCACCCUGAGCAGCACAGAGCGUGCUUACCAAGAGCUGCUGGAGCGCGAGCACAAAGACAAGGAGAGAGCGUGCGCUGAGCUGAGCGCCCAGAGGGAGCAGGCGGAGCAGCAGCUGCGAGGGGAGUGCGAGGAGCUGAGGGUGCGCGGCCAGGCGGAGCAGCAGCAGCUGCAGGAGGAGCUGGCCAGACUGCAGCAGCAGAGAGACGACAGCCUCCUGCAGGCAGAGAGCCACAAACAGCAGGCUCUGUCUCUGAAGGAGGCCGAAAAGGCAGUUCUCGCUGAAAAGCUGGCCAGUGCCCAGCAGGAGCAGGUCAACGUCACUAUGGAGAUGGAGCGUGUGCGGAGAGAGGCCCUGAGCCGCCAGGAACAAGACAAGGACACCAUCAAUGGGCUGAACUCCGAGCUGCGGGCUCUGCGUACGCAGUUUGAGGAGGCCCUGGGCUCUCACGAGGGCGAGGUGCGCCGCCUGAAUGAGAGGAUAAAGGAGCUGGCACAGGAGAGAGAGGAGGCCCUACAAGAGGUGGAGCGCCUGAAGGCAGAGCUGCAGGCGGCGGAAGAAGGGCGCGACGGCGGGCGCAGGGAGCUGAUUGAGCUGCACCGCGAGCUGCGGGAGUGCGGCCAGGAGCGGGACGCCCAGCGCAAGGAGGUCCUGGAGCUGCGGCGGGCCCUGGCGGAUGAGACCCGGGAAAAGGAGGCAAUCCUGAACUCCAAUCAAGAGCUGAGGAGCGGGGUCAAGAUGGCAGAGAGUGACAGGAACAGUCUGAGGCGGGCCAAUGAGGAGAAGGAGCAGAAGCUGGCAGUGCUAGAGGAGUGCAAAGCCUCCCUCCAGCAGGAGGCAGCGGAGCUGAGGAGCAGCCUGCGAGAGUUGGAGAGGUCACGGCUGCAAGCCCGGCGGGAGCUUCAGGACCUGCGCAGACAGGUGAAGACCCUUGACAGUGAGAAUGUGCAGCGCCGCAAGGAACUCGACGAGCUGCGGGCUCGCGUGGCUCAGGAUGGGCAGAGAGAAGACGAGCUGCGACGCGAGAUCUUUAGUCUGAAGCAGAGGAUCCUGGAAGGCGAAGCCAGCAAGGAGGCGGAAUUAAAAGAGGUGGCUGGGCUGCAGCGCCGGGUGCUGGAGAUGGAGACCCAGCAGAGGCUGCAGGCCGAGGAACUUGAGAGCCGCGCCAGGGAGCUGCAGGAGAGCGGGCGGCGACAUAAGGAGAGCACUGAGCAGCAGGAAGGGGCGCGGCAGAGGGCAGAGGCCCGGCUGCAGGAGCUCACCCUGCGGCUCAGCGUGGCCGAGGGCAGGGCUCAGGAGCUGGAGGAGCAGCUGGGCCAGGCAGACUCGGCCAAGUGUGAUCUCGAGCAGCGACUGACCAGCCUGUCGUCAAUCCUGCGCCGUACCUUGGGCAUCACCCGCACAGGGCGAUCACAGACCCCAGGGGCACAUGGGCGCAGCCCCUCACCCAGAAGGAGCCUGUCACCAAUGAAAGGUGACAGUGGGGACGGCCUGCGCUGCUCCACACCUUGCCUCAGUGGCAGUGGGUCUCCUCUGCACUCCUGGGGAGGGGACACCGAUCUGGACCUGGACAUGGUAAAGGCAGCGCUGCGUGACUUCAUCCAAGAGCUAAGGGAGGCUCAGAGAGAUCGGGAUGAAGCUCAGGUCCAAGUGCUCAAUUUGUCCCGCAAGAUCGGGGAGCUGGAGGGCGACCGGGACAGAACCAACAGCCGAGUACAGCAGCUGCAGAAAUCUUUGGCUGAGCUGGAGGAAGGGAAGCGGGGAGGUGACCAGCAGCUCAGCGCAGCUCAGACAGCCCUUGCUCUUCACGAGGAAGCCCAGCAGCGUGGGGACAGGGAGACGAAAGCCCUAGUAGAGAAGGUGGCCACACUGGAGCGUAGUCUUCAAGCCUCGGAGGGAGACAACAGGACCCUGCAGGAGAAGCUGGCCCGAGCUCAGGCGGCAGAGAGCAGACUGGAAGGGGAGCGCCGGAGGCUGAAGGAGGCAGUCGAGGCCUCAGAGGCACGGGGCAGCCGACUGGAGAUAUCCCAGCGCACCCUGGAGGGGGAGCUGCAGCGGGCUCAGAUGGCGGCCAGUGAACGGGAGGCAGAGGUGGCCACACUGCAGGAGAGACUGGCCGGGCUGCGCCAGGAGCUUGCGGAGAGCGAGGACCGGGGGGCGGCUCUCAGGGUUAAUUCGGAGAGGCUGAGUGUGGCCCUGGCACGGGCCGAGGAAGGGGAGGGCCAGCUGAAGGACAAGGUGCAGAGCCUCUCGCGCGCUCUGAGCGACAGCAGCACCAGUGCCGGGGCACUGCAGGAGCGCGUCGCCGAGCUCCAGAAAGCCCUGACGUCCAGCGAACAGGACCGCCGGGUGUUACAGGAGCGUCUGGAUUCUGCGAGGGAGUCCCUCUCGGAGUGUAAGAGGCAAAACCAUGUGCUGACAGAGAGGGUCCAGAGCCUGCAGCGUGCCCAGGAAGAGACGGCGUUGAGGAGCCGAGAUCUGGAGAGCCAGGCCAGGAGCCUGCAGGAGACUCUGCGCCAGAAACAGGGCAGUGAGCAGGAGGCUCUGGAUGGUUCUCGGCAGCUACGGGAGGAGAGACAGUCCCUACAGGAGAGGGUGAAUGCCCUGCAGCACGCUGUUGAGCACCUGGAGAGCAAGCGGAAUGAACUGGAGAGAGCCGUCGCCCGGCUGGACAAAGAAAAGGCCUCCCUGAGACGGGCGCUGGACAAGGUGGAGCUGGAGAAACUGAAGCAAGAGGAGGAAACUGUACGUCUGGGACGUGAGAAGGAACAGCUGGACCACACCAUGAGCAGCAUGGAGCAGGAGUUGGCUGAUCUACAGGCAGAGAUCGAGCAGCUUCAGCUCUGGCCCCAGGCACAGAUCUCCCAGCUGGAACGGGCACAUGCACAGCGCCUCCUGGAGGUCACAGGCCGCCACAGGCAGGAGAUGGAGCUGGAGACCGAGAGGCUCCGAGGGGCCCAGCAGCAGGCCGAGAGAGCCCUGGAGACCCGGGAGAGGGCCCAUCGCCAGAGAGUGAAGGGCCUGGAGGAACAGGUGGCGACACUGAAGGAACAGCUGGAACAGGAGAUGAGACGUCGACAGGCCUAUGUCAAUCAGAUGCUCAGACCUGCAGUAUAGCCUGACACAGGCAAACUUUGGCCCCUGGAAGGCUGAAAAGCAAUUCUUUCCAACAGCUUCAAAACCCAUCUGGAAGCAUCCUAGACCAUUUAUUUUUAUACCAUUUGCUCAACAUCUAUGAUCUUGUGCAAGGGCCAUUCACGGAUGGAAAGAAUUGUAAACUGCAGAUACAUAGCCAUACUGUAUAUUAAAAACCACAGGAACUGGUUGAUCUCAGGGACAACUGUGGUUUGGAGUCAAUGAAUAUCUAUGUGUGUUCAUAUCUGUUUCUCUCUUCAUCAACAUAAGUAACUGACAUGCUCCAAAUAUUUACAUUCCAUGGAUUUUAGAAAAUAGAAUAGUACACGACCAUAUCCCUCUCAAUAUUUUGGGAUAUUUGUCUGUAUACUCCUCACACGCGAUUUGAUCGAGGAGAUAUUCAAGUGGAAUUAAUUAAAAGUUAUAGUGAAA